AUGCCUUCAUCAUUAAAUAUUACCAAUCAUAUUAAUGUUGCAGUUAUUGAAUUUGAUUCUGAAACAAAUAUGAAAUAUACUGAUGAUAUAUCCAAACAACGUACAAUUUCAAUAUGUCGUGAUGGUGCAAUAGGUGUUCGAUUGUCUUUUGAUGGUGUGCGUAUAAUGGAGGAUUUAUCUCCACGAAUUACGAUUACAUUUCAAAAUGUCUGUAAAAUAAUUGAUAUUCCAGGAAAGAUGAUGGAUCCUCCAUCAAAAGAAAAAAUAGUUCAACGAACUUUACUUGAUAAUGUAUCUGGUCAAGUUCAUCCGGGACAAUUAGUAGCACUUAUGGGACCAUCUGGUUGUGGUAAAACAACUUUACUCAAUACAUUAGCUGGUCGUUCAUUAAAUGGUGUAACUGGUAAUAUUUGGCUUAAUAAUCAACGUUAUGAAAAAAGUAUGAAACGUAAUAUAGCUUAUGUAUUACAAGAAGAUAUUUUUUUUGAAAAUCUUACUGUUAAGCAACAAUUAACAUAUACAGCUUUACUUCGAUUACCAAAUAGUUUAACACGAAAAGAUAAACUUGCUCAAGUUGAACAAAUUAUCGAACAAUUACAUCUUCAAAAUUGUGCAAAUACUCCAAUUAUACUUAUAUCUGGUGGACAAAAACGACGUGUUAAUAUUGGCACAGAAUUAUUAACUAAUCCAAGUGUUAUUUUUCUUGAUGAACCAACAUCAGGUUUAGAUAGUACAUCAGCUGUUACUCUUAUACGUGUUCUUCGUGAAUUAGCAUUAAAAGGUAAAACAAUUCUGAUGUCUAUUCAUCAACCAUCAUCACCAAUUUUUCAUUCGUUUGAUCAACUUAUUUUAUUAGCUGAUGCUAAAACUAUUUUUAUGGGUAAACCAUCGAAUGCUUUAGAUUAUUUUGCAACAUUAGGUCAUCAUGCACCUUUACAAUAUAAUCCAGCUGAUUUUAUUAUGGAUCUUGUCAAUCAAGAUAAGGAAAUUCGUGAAGAACUUAAAGAAGCUUAUAUUCAAAAUAAAUCAUCGAAUAGAUUAGAAAAUCCUCAUAAAUAUUCAAGUGAAGGUCGAAAAUAUCUUAUAGAUGAACCAAAUGAAAAAGAAAUAGAUUUAAUCAAUAAACAUCAUAAGAAUUUAAUGGCAAAUAAAAAUGAAAAUAAAUGGCCAAUUGGUUUUUUUGCACAAACUUGGAUACUUUUUUCACGUAAUUGGGUAUUAACAAGUAAAUCUCAAUUUACAAAACUUAAUUGUAUUCAAGCAUGUUUUAUUACAAUUGUAUUUGGUCUUUUUUGGUUACGUAUGAAAUAUCAUGAGAAUACAAUACAAGAUCGAUCAUCAUUUAUAUUUUUUGUAUUGAUAUUUUGGCCUUUAAGUAUAUGUUUUGGAGGUGUAGUAUCAUUUUCUAUUGAAACUUCUGUGAUUGAUAAAGAACGAGCAAGUGGAUCAUUUCGUUUAUCAGCUUAUUUUUUUGCUAAAUGUCUAUCAGAAAGUCCAAUUAAACUUGUUUUACCGGCAAUAUCUUUUAUUAUUAUGUAUUGGAUGGCAAAUAUCAAUUCAGAUUUUGCUAAUUUUCUUGGUAUUCUUAGUUUUCUUUCAAUGUCAGUUCUUGUUGCUGAAUCAAUUGGCCUUUUCUUUGGUGCUCUACUUCAAGAUGUAGGAAGAGCUAUGGUAGCAUGUAAUGUAUAUUUAUUCGGAUGUUUAUUAGCCGUUGGAUAUUUUUCUCAUAGUACACCAUAUUGGCUCAUAGUUUGGGUGAAAUGGAUAUCAUACAAUACAUAUGCAUAUAAUGGAUGUAUGCAAUUACAAUUUAUGGGUGAACGAACAUAUCAAUGUACUAAUGGAGUAUAUAUUGAUAUGUGUAAAAAUAAUACAAAUGGAACAUUUAUUAGUAAUGAGGCUAUAAAAUAUUUCAAUCUUAAUCUUAAUGUUGGUCUUAAUUUUCUUGUACUUUUUGGUAUGCUUAUAUUUUAUCGCACUACAGCAUACAUUGCAUUACGAUUUUCUAAUAUCCGUCGAGGUCGUACUUAG